AUGCUAUGCUUGUUACGUGUUGUGGAAGCUGGACACAGCUGGAACUUGGAAGCAGGCCGAGUCUAUGGUAUUUGUGGGUCAUUGUGCUAUCGAUGCGAGCAGAGAGCAUGCGUGGCAGCUGUUCUUCGGGUGAUGCACCUGACCAGAGGAGCUGCCGAAGCAGUCGGUUGGUUGACGAUUGGACUGUUUGCGGCCUUUGCUGCUCUGGGUCUCCACUGCAUUUUUCAGUCAGUCUACUUCUGGUUUCGGAUUCGGAAGGGGACCUUGCUCUCACUCGGCUACUUUAAUGGUCCCUGGGUGACUCGCAUUGCUCUGAUUCUCAUCACUAUUUGGUGGGGAGUAGGGGAGAUUGUGAGAUUGAGCUUCUUGAAGAGAAAGCUGUUCUCCAGCUUAGUAUGGCAGAAGAUCGCGUGUGAUGCCUACAUUCUCUCCAAUCUAGGGUUUGCAGAACCAAGCAUCUUCUUUGGCUUUGCUUUCCUCCUGCAUGGCUCAUUACAGAAGAGGGAGUUGGGCACUUUGACCCAGAGAUGGAACUUGAAGACCAUUGGCUACAUGUUGGUUUUCUGUGUUCCGGUGUUCUUCGUUCAGGCCCUUCUUGUGUUUGUUGGGCCUACAUUUGUUAAGGAGGAGAACAGUGCACAGGGAAGGAGAGUGUUUGCUAAAUACUUCAUUCAGACGUCCAUGCCAGUUGGGGACACCAAUGUUUGCACCUAUCCGUUGUUUGGCACCAUUUUUCUGGGACUUAUCGAUGCCGUCCUGAUGAGCUAUGUCUCCUAUGUUGGAUCUCGGGUGUUAUCCUUGGUCAUCAACAAGGCGCUGCGAAAGAGGGUUUCCUGGCUGAUAAUGUCGGUGCUUUUCUUCCUUCCUAUCAGGGUGCUUCUUCUAGGGUUCUCAGUGAUGCCCAACCCAGGAGAUAAAGCAUUUGAGGUCAUUGUCUUCUUGUCAUUCGUGAUGAUGCUAUCCGGCACAACUGUUGGGAUACUCUUGCUGGUAUACUGGCCUGUCCGUGAUUCAUUGGCACUCAAAGAUGCAGGCAACAGGGAGAUAGCAGAGAUGGUGCCUUAUGACGAUUACUACUAUGAGGGCUCAUCGCUUGUGGCCAACCAGAGCUUCCGAGAAAUCGAGCGGAACUCUGACACGUCAACAAAGCGUGGCUCCAUAUCGUUCCGCACAAUGAUCAGGGAGGACCAGCUUCCGCCGGAUGGCGCAGAUGAGAUCGGCUUCUCCUCUCGCAGCGGCGUCCAUAUUGGAUCAUCCUCGCCUGCAGGUUCUUCGCCAAGCGCUGCAAUGCCCAUGCUGCCUCUCAAGGAGGUCCCUAGAUACUAA